UGAGAGUAGACACUUAGACUCCCACUACAAUAGGUAAAUGUCUUCAAAGUGAGAGAGGACAGGGCAGACUGACAGAGGGGAAAGAGAGAGACAGGGAGAGAGUGUGAGAGAGAGAGAGCGAGUGAAAGAGAGAGAAAAAAGGAGAGAGGCAGGGAGAAGUGUGCGCAAACGUUUGACUGACUGAGUCACCCAUGGAGUGAUCUGAACAGUUAGAGAAACAGAACAAGGCACAGAAGAAGUCAGAGAGAGAGAGAGUGAAAGCUAAAUAUAUUUACGCUCUUUUUAUUUAAAUUUUUGUUUUCUCUUAAAAGCGGUGGUUGAAACACGAGGUGACAUGUUGGCUCUACUCCUGAUGCUGCUGCAGUUUGCCAGCAGAUCGCAGGCUCAUGGAACUCAGAGUGCCAGUCUGCCUGCCAGCCUGUGCCCGGCGCCAUGCCAGUGCCAGGAGGAUGGGAUUCUACUGAUUGUCGACUGCUCGGAGCUUGGACUAUCGGCGGUGCCCGGCAACCUCAGCCCUCUGACGUCCUACCUAGAUCUCAGCAUGAAUAACAUCAGUGAAAUCCAGCCCAACGCAUUCCACAACCUCCACUUUCUGUCAGAGCUGCGUCUCUCCGGCAAUCACCUGAGACACAUCCCUGGACUGGUGUUCCAAGGCCUCUACAACCUCAAAGUUCUGAUGUUGCAGAAUAAUCAGCUCGAGCGAUUACCCAGUGAAGACCCAUGGGACUUACCCAACUUGCUGUCCUUGCGUCUGGAUGCCAACCUGAUAAUGGAGGUCCCCCCACAGACCUUCUCUGGCCUUCGCUCCCUUCGGCAUCUCUGGCUGGAUGACAACGCGCUGACAGAGAUCCCAGCGGGAGCCCUCAAUAACCUGGCCUCCCUACAGGCCAUGACCCUGGCCCUCAAUCGCAUCAGCCACAUCCCCGACAACGCCUUCCGCAACCUCUCCAACCUGGUCGUGCUGCAUCUUCAUAACAACAUGAUCAAAACCCUGGGACAGAAUUGCUUCGAGGGACUAUAUAGCUUAGAGACUCUAGAGCUGAACUACAAUGAGCUGCAAGAGUUCCCUGUGGCUAUCCGGACCCUGGCGAAGCUUCAGGAACUGGGAUUCCACAACAACAAUAUUAAGGCCAUCCCAGAGGGGGCUUUUGUGGGAAACCCACUGCUCCAAACCAUAAAUUUCUAUGAGAACCCAAUCCAGUUUGUGGGCAGGUCUGCUUUCCAGUUCUUACCGAAGCUGCAUACUCUAGCCCUACAGCACAAUCUGAUCCGGCAGAUCGAGGCGAACACAUUCCAGCAGCUGUCCUCCCUGCGCUCACUGGACCUCAGUUGGAACAAGAUUGAGACGAUUCACCCAGAAGCGUUCUUAUCCCUGCACUCUCUGGUCAAACUUGAUCUUACAGAAAAUCAGUUAAGCAUGCUGCCCAUGGAGGGACUGUCCAGUCUCACACACCUAAAACUGAAAGGAAAUAUGGCCCUGUCCAGUUCUUUCAGGCAGGAGGAUUUCCCCAAGAUAAGGGUGAUUGAAAUGCCCUUUGCCUACCAGUGCUGUGUGUAUGGUGCCUGCAACAGUCACAAAUCCAUCAACCAAUGGGAUGCAGAGCAAAUCAGUGAAGACGAUGACCUGCAUAAGAGGACCAUAGCUUUAUUUCCUAACAACUAUGACCCCGACAUGGAAGAAUUCCAAUUAGAAAUUGAAGAAUCCAAACUACAAACCAGCAUCCAGUGCACACCACUCCCAGGUCCCUUUAAGCCCUGCGACUACAUGUUUGAUAGCUGGGGUGUGCGGCUGGGAAUGUGGGCUAUCACUCUCAUCUCGCUGGUGGGCAACGGUCUGCUGAUCAUCAGCGUCUUCGGCUCACCCACCUACCUGUCCCCGGUCAAGUUUGUCAUUGGCGCCAUCGGCGGCGCCAACCUCCUGACUGGUCUGUGCGCGGGCACGCUGGCCAUGGUGGACGUGCUGACGUUCGGCGAGUUUGCGCGGCACGGCGCCCGCUGGGAGUCAGGGACGGCGUGCCAGACGACGGGCUUCGUCUCCAUCUUCGCCUCGGAGGCUUCCAUCCUCUUCCUGACGCUGGCGGCUGUGCAGUGCAGUGUGUCGGUGUCGUGCGUGCGUGCCUACGGCAAGUCGCCGUCCUUCAGCAGCGUGCGGGCAGCCGCCGCCGCCUGCGUCCUGCUUUCCAUCGCAGUGGCGGCGCUGCCGCUCGGCAAGGUGGGCGAGUACGGCACGUCGCCCCUCUGCCUGCCCUCCCCCUUGCCCGAGGGCCGGCCAUCCACGCUGGGCUUCAUGGUAGCGCUCAUCAUGAUGAACUCCCUCUGCUUCCUGGUCAUCACCGGCACCUACAUCAAGCUAUACUGGGACCUAAUGAAGGGCGAGUUCGACAGCAUCUGGGACUGCGCCAUGAUCAAGCACGUGGCCUGGCUCAUCUUCACCAACUGCCUGCUCUACUGCCCCGUGGCCUUCCUCACCUUCUCCUCCUUGCUGGGCCUCUUCCCCGUGGCCGAGGAGGUCAUCAAGUCCGUCCUGCUGGUGGUGCUGCCGCUGCCAGCGUGCCUCAACCCGCUGCUCUACCUCCUCUUCAACCCGCACUUCCGCGAGGACGCCCGCCUCUUCUGGAGCCGCGCCAAGUUGGCCCCUGAGGAGACGCUAGAUUCCUUUGUGUCCAUGGAGACCGAGAAGAGCUCCUACGACUCCACGCAGGCCCUGGUGUCGUUCGCCGAAGUGGAUACCCUAUUCGACUCCUCCGCCUUGCCCAAGCUGGAGGUUGAGGACCGUUACCCCUGGUCACCCUCCGUGCCUCUCAUCCCCUGCCAACAGAAGAUGCUGACCAUUGGCAGAGAGCGUAUGGCCGGGUCUAUGACGGGAAUUUGCCUCAACGAGGAGGAGUGUUUGAGAGGCAAUGGGCUGGACAGCAUCAAUGGCAGCUCCUUCCCCACUGGAGUAUGUCACUCAUCUCCCCACGCAUCUCAUUUGUAAAUCAAUUACGUGGCCAUUUGAGACUUCUAAGGACCAUUUUAGAAAGAGAAAGAGAGAGGGAAGGGAAAAAAAAAGAGUACAAAAGCGGAAUAUUCUCCUUGGACACUGCCGUGAAUCUAUCCAUACAUUUUGGAACAUUAUGUUGACUGUCUUUGAUGAAUGAACUAAUUAAUUUUGGGGAUUGUGGUUUGUGGUUUCCCAGGGAAACAUCAACCUUUAUGCUAUUGUGCCAUCACAGGAAAGCAGAUUAAUUUAUAUAUUCAGGAAGCUGUCUCUCAUGUGGCGACUGACAUGUAACUUAAUUUUUCAACAUGGCAAAAGGAGGUAACAAAGGGUUUUAGUACCAUAAACAAAACACAAACAAAGAAGCGCAGAGAAAACAACAGAAUGAGCUGUUGAUGCAGACAUGAGAUUUAACAAUGUGAAAAAGCUAAAACCUCCCAUUAUGUUUCCUUCACACCUCUUGGUCUGACAUAGUGAGCUACAUUUUAAUUAUAGUGUCAGUAUAGUUUAGAAUAGAUUCCCAGUCCAGCUGUUCUUUAUGUGCAGAUCUCAAACAUUACCGAUUCUCCACCCCAGAUGAUUAUAGAGCCCUUGAUUACCUCAAGAGCUCAGACAUGCAGUGCUUUGCUUUCCCAUGAACAUGAAUCAUUUCCACUCAAUGUGCUAAUGGCUUUGGUAUAAUAAAAAAUAUAUUUUUCUAGUGUGGUGACUGCAGUACAAAGGGAACUUUAGCAUUGGAAUUUUUCAGAAGCCCUGUUUUUUCAUGUUUCCCAAAUGCUUGUACCUUGUAUACAAUUAUAUUUUAGUUUCCACCAAACAAAUCAAAAUAAUUAACAUAACAUGAUAGAUUAUAAGUCUCUCAAGAUUUAAUGACAGACUGAAAAUGUAAGUAAAGGAACAAACUGCAAUGUAUGGGCUCACUAUGUAUUUCACUGAUGACGGGUUAAGAAAAAUACAAAUUUCAAGUCUCGUUUAAAAGGGAAUUUACUACAUUUGUCACAAAUGAUUAUCUAUGAUACUACAGACCCCUACCAGAUCACAUUCAUGGCAUUGCAGCAACUCUUAAAUGUUUUGAUUUUGUAUAGCACAUACAUCCUGUUUCUACAGAAUGUGUCAAAAUGUAUUUCCAUUUUUUUCAGUUUAGACUGACAAAGAAAAGCAUUUUACUGCCAUCUAGAUCCGCAGUCAAGUUUGGAUGGCCAUUAUUGUCUGUGUAUAGUAGGCUAGCUGUUGUAUGUACAGUGUAACUACCUCUGACCUAGCAUGCUAUUAUUUCAUUGUACCCCAAGUGUGUUGAUCGUCUCUUUUUACACAAAGUAUGUUAAAUUUAUAUAUAAUUUUAUAUUAAAGUAAAUACCAUAGUUUGUAAAACACAUACUAUUUUGGAUGUACAUAUUUUCAUAUUUCUGUACACGUACAACAAAAAAAUAUGAUUUAAUAAAAUUAUUACUUUCAUAUA